CUACAAAAGCUUCAAGUUCAAACAGAAACCCGAGACAAUAGCUAAAACCCCAGCUCUGCUCAUCGAAUUAAAUUGGCGCCUUUCUCACUCUUCCACUCUCCGCCCAAACAGGACUAAAGGCGGAGGCGGAGGCGGAGGCGGAGUGAGUGAGUGAGAUUAUUUGAAUGGCGGUUGUUGACGUGGACAAGCUUCUUCAAGAAGCUUCAUUUGCUCGCUUCUGUAAAAUUAUUCUCGGCUGGGAUUAUUUUUCUCUCCUUAAAGAAAACGAGAAAGAAAAGAAAGAGAGAGGAAAGAGCGAUUAUGGUAGUAGGGGUUUAAGAAAAGUAAAGAACACCUAUGAAGAUGUUGAUGACUAUCUUCAAACUUUUGAGCCACUUUUAUUUGAAGAAGUUAAAGCUCAAAUUAUUCAGAGAAAAGACGACGAAGACACUGAAUGGAAGAUGAGGGUCGUAGUUGAGUGCAAUGAGGUAGAUAGGUUUCUUUUUCCGGAAGUUAGUUUUGCAGAAAAGGAGAAUGAAAAAUCAAUAUCGCAAAAUGAUCUUUGGCUCCUUUCAAGAGAUGAGAUUCCAGAAGAUGGUUUAGUUCUCCCGGAUGUUUAUGCAUUUGCAUUGGUAGAACAUCGUCAGCAUGAUCGAUGUAAACUUAGAAUGUUCUUUGAUGGAGAGGUCAUGCAGUUAAAUUUAGAUAAUAUUGAACCCCAUCCGAGGCUGUUAAAAAUGAGGGCUCACAUAACUGUUCCACUUAAACUUAAACAUAUAUACAGUCGAAAGGUUUGCAGUUUUUCAACUAUUGUUCGUGAAUAUUACGCGCUGCGGUCAAUUGGCUCUCUUCCUUUCAAGGAUUUAAUUCUAAAGGGCACUGAUAAGAAUUCUAGUUCUGAGGGCCAGGGAUGGAAAGUUUCUUUACCUCUGCGUGAAUACUUCGAAGAAAAUCUUAACAAAUCACAACUAGAAGCCAUCAAUGCCGGUCUAUCGCGUAAAGCCUUUGUCUUGAUACAGGGUCCCCCUGGAACAGGAAAAACACAAACUAUUCUUGCACUUCUUAGUGUGAUUUUGCAUGCUUCUCCAGCUAGAGUGCUUACCAAGGGAGCUUCGCGUGAAAUUAUCUGCGGGCCAACACUACCAAUUCAAGAGAAGCAUAAUCAUUGGGCACGAGCAUCUCCGUGGAUGGCUGGUAUUAAUCCUAGAGAUCAAAAUAUGCCCAUAGAUGGCGAUGAUGGUUAUUUUCCUACCACUGGAAACGAGUUGAAUCCAGAAGUUGUUGCUUCUAAUCGUAGAUAUCGUGUGCGCAUUUUGGUGUGUGCCCCAUCAAACUCUGCACUUGAUGAGAUUGUGCUGCGCCUUCUUAGAACUGGUGUUCGUGAUGAAAAUAUCCAUACAUAUAAUCCUAAAAUUGUGCGGAUUGGUCUUAAAGCUCAUCACUCUGUCCAGUCUAUUUGCAUGGAUUACCUUGUGAAACAAAAACAAAGUGAGUCAGCUGCUGAUAAACAGAAGCAUGGUGCCGUAGGAGGCGAUACUGACAGUAUUCGUACGGCCAUUCUGGAUGAAGCUGUAAUUGUCUUCUCCACUCUCAGCUUCAGCGGUUCAACAAUGUUUAGUAAACUAAAUCAUGGUUUUGAUGUUGUUAUCAUAGAUGAAGCUGCUCAAGCUGUGGAGCCUGCAACUCUUGUUCCUUUGUCCGGUGGAUGUAAACAAGUAUUUCUGGUUGGUGAUCCAAAGCAACUGCCAGCCACUGUAAUUUCUACUGUUGCUGAGAAAUUGGGGUAUAAGACAAGCUUGUUUGAGAGGCUUCAGAGAGCUGGUUAUCCUGUAAAUAUGUUGAAUAUGCAGUAUCGAAUGCAUCCGCAGAUAAGAAAUUUUCCUUCGAAGGAGUUCUAUUCUGGGGAACUGCAGGAUGCAAGUGAUAUGGAAUCCAAAACACAACGUGAUUGGCACGAGUAUCGCUGCUUUGGUCCAUUUUGCUUCUUUGAUUUACACGAAGGACAGGAGUCACAGCCUUCUGGAAGUGGGUCCUGGGUAAACACCGAUGAGAUUGAGUUUGUGCUCUGCAUGUAUCAUAAACUGGUGACUAUGCAUCCAAAGCUUAGGUCAAGUUCACACUUUGCUAUAAUAUCUCCCUAUAGACAUCAAGUUAAGCUUCUUCAAGAGCGAUUUAAGGAUAUGUUUGGCCAGGAAUCUGAACAAUUUGUGGAUAUUCAGACUGUUGAUGGUUUCCAGGGACGAGAGAAGGAUGUCGCGAUAUUCUCAUGUGUUAGGGCUAAUAAGGACAGGGGCAUUGGUUUUGUAUCUGAUUCCCGGCGAAUGAAUGUCGGUAUUACACGAGCCAAGUCUACUGUGCUGGUGGUGGGGUCAGCUUCAACUCUGAAAACUGACGAGUCUUGGAAGAGGCUCGUGGAAAGCGCUGAGCAGACUGGUGGUCUGUUCAAGGUCAACAAGCCAUAUGAUUCAUUUUUUAGUGAUUCAAAUCUUGAAUCUAUGAAGAUAACGGAAAAUGCUCCCGAACAAAAUGAUGGAGAAAAAGAGAAUGAAAUGGAGGUAAUGAUGCAAGGUAAUCCUGUAGAUGCUGAGCUAGGGCAAGAAGAUGGUUUUGACCAUGGAGAUGAUGACAUUGAUAUGGGACCUGACGAUGAUUAGUUGAUACAGAAGACUAAAUAGAAAAUUAGAAAAACUAGAACUUGGAGAAAAGAUCUGAGAAAAAAAAAUAACAGACCCCGUGCAGAAUCACAUUGCUAACUACCGAUCUCGCAAAGCUCGCAGAAUGGGACUUGAAUGCUAGAAAGCAGAAGCACACCUAGCAAAUGAUGGAUCCCAAGUUUAAUUAAAUUUAAUUAAAUAAUAUAAAUUUUAAUAAUUUUUUGUACUGCUUAUAUAAAUAUUUUGCUUGUCCAAUUGCGUGUACAUGUUUAUAUCUUUUUGGGUUUUUCAACAAUUUGUAAUGUAACAAUGCAUAAAAUGUUUCCAUUAUUAACGUAAGCACUUGCCCUGCAUUUAAAUCAA